AUGCUGAAAAGGCGGGUGGGAGGGACCAUUGUGAUUUACUUUGAUGAAGGUCGGAAGUUUGACAAGGAUAUCACUGUUGGCCUUAUUAGCAGUGAAUUGCUGAACCUUGCGGAGUAUAAUGUUCACAUGGCAAAGCUUCUUGAUGUGGGAAGGAAUAAAGCGGCUAGUGAAUUUUCCAUAUCCCUCAUACAAUCCUUGGUGAUUAACGAUUCUAGGGCCAUAUCGAAACUUCAUAAUCUUGUUGAUGCACUGGCAAAGCUUGCGCCAGGACCUGGUUCUCCUGAGUCAUUACAACAGCUGGUUGAGAUUGCCAGGAACCCUACUGCUAGUGCCGCUGCUUUGUCUGGCAUAACUGUUGGCAAGGAGGAUACUAAUGCUCAAUCUAGAAAUGAGAAGGCAACUGGACAGUCUCUAGCAGGUUGGGAAGACUACGAUAUUGCAGAUUUGUUUGAACCAGAUCCUGCUGGUUUUGAGCAGCUUGUGAACUUCGUGGCACAAAUGAUGCAGCUUGUGACCACUAUCUCUUAA